CGGUUUCUUUUGCUGAGACAUUAUGCCCAUUUUCUAUUUAAUCUCAUUCUUUUGAGAUGGACCCCUUCCCCAGCCUCGGAAACGGCCAAUAUGUCUCUUUUAGGCAUUGAGCGUCUGUUGUUGUUGUUGUUGUUGUUGUGGCGCCCCGACCGCCUCCAGCUCCUCAGCCCCGCUUCCCUCCUCCCCACAAUCCCUGCCAGACGCCUUUCUCAAAAUGGAGGCGAACGUUCAUUUCGGUCGCCGCCCAUCUUCCCGCCUCCACCCCUCUUCCGUCCAAUGGCGCUGCGGGAUCCAAGCUACUGGGCGGGGCAUUGCUUGGUCUCCGAGCAUCGAUUGGUGCGCUUGGCGGGCGGAAGUGGGGCGAUGUGGACUCAAAUGAAAAGGCGCGAGGAGCGCGGCGAAAUUGAGCGGCUAUGGCGGCCUCGGAGGCUGCGGAGUGAGUGCUGUUUAUUUGCCACUUAUUCCCAAGAAAUAGGGAUAUUUUUUUUAAAUAUAUACGUGCUCUGGUUUCUCUUCAGCUGGUAUAAAUCUUAGGGUAUUUUAAUCUUGUUUUAGUUUAUUGCACGCGUAACAUAUAUAUAUGGCAAACUUUUCCAGGUUUUAUAUGUCUUGCCUUUUUGUGAGCAGCUCAGGGACUUUUUUAUAUUUGGAACAACCAAGCAGUGUAAAUAAAGGCAUUGAAACAAUAUGGGGGAAAUACUCUUGUGCUAGUUCACCGGGCGACGGAUGUAUUUGGGUUCCAGUGGUUAAAGGGCUUCUGGGAGCGACAGGACUUUGCUUCUCCGUCUCGUUAACGCACUAAAUUUUAAAAAUCCAUAUAAUCUCGAGAAGGUUAACAGCUUGGGACCGGUUUACCUACGAGGUCGCCUAAAACCACCAUUUAUACAUCAAGCAGACUCGUUUGGGAGAGCUGCGGUACUUCCCCCGCUUUGCACUUAACUAUUUCGUUGGGCAUUGAAGGAAGAAUGGUUUUCAUUUGUAUAUACAAUAUAUAUAUAAAUACACGCAUGUACAUAUCUUUGGUCCAGCUUGCUUGCGAGGUCGACUGGCCCUCCCUGUGCCCACUCAACCGCUCUGAAUUGGGGCUACUGGCACUACAAUUAAAUUUAUAUUUUAUUGGUUUACAAAUACAAAAAAGAAAACAAAGUUGUACAUUCGAACUUCUUAAUUACCUCUUAAUUCCAUUCUUUUGACUUCCCUCAAUUUGUCUGAACUUCCUUCAUUUUAUAACUUUUAACACAAUCCUACUUAUUGUUAUUUAUUCUGGUAGCUUCAAUUCAUUAUUUAUACUUAUUAUUAGAUUUUCACAUCACAGAGCUUCCUUAAAGCUUACUAAUUGGGGCUACUGGCACUACAGCAGGUGCCACAUAAUACCCAUUUUAUGCACUUGAACUUGAUCCUUUAGUUUGGCAGUGCCUACUCUUCGAAACUCCCUGCCUAUUGAGAUCAAGCAGGUGCCUUCACUGUACACGUUUCAGUGCCUGCUAAAAACAUAAUUCUGCAUUUCCCUAGUUGCUUCUGCUGCAUUUGCUUGAAAACAUUCUAAUUUCGGGGGGGUUUGACUAGGUGAUCUGCAGGUCCUUUCCAACUCUACGAUUCUAUGAAUUUUCCACAGACCCGUGGGUGUUCCUUGAAAGUUCAUCAGGGGGUUGUUUGCUUAUAAAAGUAUAUGCCUCCAUCUCAUAAAAGAGCUUAUAACAAUACGUAUAACAAGUAAAACAUAAGACACCAUUUAAAAACCAGUACAAAAUCGUUAAUCAAGAACAUAUUAAGCAGCAGCAUAGGCUUAACUGGUUUCUCAGUGAGGCAGUGAAACGGCAGACAAGUUUCCCUGUAUAGAACAACUUUCCCGUCAUUUCUGACCACCUGUACAGCUAUAUUUAUUUAUUUUAUUGCAUUUAUAUCCCACAUUUUUUUCUGCAAGGACCUCAGUGCUGUGUAUGUGGUUCUCCAUCCCUUUUAAUCCCCAUAACAACCCUUUGAGGUGCGUCGAGUUUCAUGAUUGUGGGGAUUUGAAUCCUUGUCUCCCAUAUCCUAGUCCAACACUUUAACCAUUAUACCACAUUGGUGUUAGGUGUGUUCAAGGUGUUGCUCCCUGUUUGCAUGGAGCAACUCUGAACCCUGGUUAGCCUGGCAAGUAUCCCAGCUGAGCUGGAUGUAUGCCCUUGGCGUGGACAUCUUGUGACCUCCAGAUGUUGAACUACAACUCCCAUUAGCCUCAGUGUAGCCAGUGGUCAGGAACGAUUGGAGUUUGUAAUCCAACAACAUCUGCAGGGCCCACAUUUGCCCACCCUGGACUAGGUAAGAAUAUGACCUUGAAUCUUUCACCAGUAUGGAGGGUCGCCGUGGCAGCUGAAAUGUUUCCUGGGACAUAUGCAGUUUUGAAAAGCGUUCUUUUAGUUUCUUGAUGUUGUGGUUUCUUCAUGUCCUCCUUAGGCUUCUUGCUCGGGUGAAGGAUGCACUUGCCUUUGAGCGGCAAGCCCAAUAUGGGGUGGAGGCUGACCUACCACCUCAGGUUUUGGCUGAGCAUGCCGUGGUGAGUAGUAACCCUUUUCCCCUUGGAGGGGAUGCUGGCUUUAGUCCUGGCUGGCUCAACGGGCGGAGAGCUCCCAGGGUGCUGACUUGAACCCUGCUUUUGGUGCGUGUUUUCCAGAGCACCAGGCACGCCCACAAGUUUAUGUUGAUGCAGCUGCAAGUGUUGAAGUUCUGUCUGGAUUUCCUUGAUUCUGGACUUUGCGUUGAGAACGCCUCCAAAUCUUCUGUUCGUGAGUAUGCAUGCUGCACAAGUCACGGUUUUCUAUGUGUCCAAACUAAUGAGGGUGUAGCGUGAAUCAAAGUAUCUCUAGUUUGCACAUUAAUUUUGAAAAAUAGCCCUGCAUUGUGGAUUGCUUAGUGUAGUUAAACCUGUUUUUGGAUCAACUCCCAUGGAAUUGUGCCAUAGCGUUGCACCACUGCUUUCCUCCUUGCCAUAUACAACCUUAAACUGUUUCCAGGGCCAAAAUAGGGGGGCAACUUACCUGUGACCCUCCAGAUGUUGCUGGACUACAACUCCCAUCAUUAUCACCAGUCCAUGCUGGCAGGUGCUGAUGGGAGUUGUAGUCCAAAGCAUCCAGAGCAUGCCACGUUGGCCACCCCUGAAUUAGGAAAUGGGGUUUUUAUUAUUGCAUUUAUUAAUUUAAAUUUUUAAAUUUAUUUUUUUAAAUCUUUAUCUAUAUUUUUUAUAAACUGCCUUGCAUUUAUUUCCCACAAAAUAAAAAUAAAUGGAAAGCAGGAAAUGGCUUUUUUAAACUCCCCAGAACACAUUCUGUGCUUUCAGUCCAAGAGCCCAAGCUGAACAGUGCUGAAAUGCGCUCUGUGGAGCUACAUUUCUUCAGCCGGUGACUGGUGGGUGUAUUGGGCAAGCUGGUUUAAUGAACAUCAGCCUUGUUCCCUGGAGAGUUAAUUUUUUCAUUGUGGCUGGUCAUAGUGUGGGUUGGAAUCUCCUGCUUCUACUUCUGGUACUUUGAGAAACUCAGUGAAACGACUGAGGGUGGGGGCACAUGUACCGCCUCUUCUAUCUCCAAGGCUGAUCUUGGGCUCCCCACUGCCGCCCCCUUCUCUUGCAGGACAGGAGGUGGCCGAAGCGAAGCAGGAGUGGAAGAAGCUCAAAGCUGAGUACCAACAACAAGUGGAGAGCAUCCAGAAGGAUGUGCCACAACUGCUGCUCAAGCUGGAGCAGGCGCGGAACCGAGCUCAGCUCUUGGAAGAAGCUCUGCAACGCUACCGAGACAAGGUGCUUUGCUGAUUUGGGGGUGGCGAUGGGGAGCCUGGGAUGGCGUUGUCCUCCUAUUUUCUGAUUAUAGCAAGAGUGGUGAACCUGUGGCUCUUGAGAUGUUUCCAGACGGCAGCUCCCAUGGUCAGAAAUGGUGAGGAAUGGUGGGAGCUCUAGCGCAACCAGCCCUCGAGGCCCAGAGAUUUCCUGCCCUUGGAUUAAAGCAAGCUGCCCAUAGACAAGAUGCUAAAGCCAGGGUGGCCUAGACAUCUCCCAGCAGAAAUUUGGAGGUCGAAGGAGGGGAAGGCAAAAACCCUUACAAAGAUUCAGGCAGCGCAUUUGGUGGAGGGAAGCUUAAAAAGUAAUUAUUAGUAUUAGUAUUAUUAAAUUUGUAUACCACCCUUCAUCCAUAGAUCUCAAGGUGGUUCACAACAUAAAAUUACAAUAUAACUCCCCCCAAAAGUGCAUAAUAUAAAUGAGAACAAAAAUAAACGAAUAAUCCCCCCUUCCACUGUUGGAAAACGCCCUGGGGUGCCCCUGCAGCCCCCGAACUCGGAGCAUCCUCCGGCAUGUGCAGCUCUGGAAAAGGCAUUUCCCUUCUUCUCCAGUGUACUUCAGCGACAUGUAUCAAAUGAUAUAUGCACACUAAUCUUCUAGCAUAACACAGCAAGAAGACGAUUUCCAGCAUCUGUGCAGAUGUUAUUUCUGUCGCUGCAGAAGUGAGGCCCCGCGCCGCACUGCGCCGGUUUAGCACAGCGCGUGGGGACUCGCUGAGCAGGCUGCUUGGUUCGGGGGCGGCUCGUGAGCCGGUUAAAUGACGCCCGUGGGCUGCUUGUGGCCCAUGAGCCUUAGGUUGCCUACCCCUGCUCUAGUCCAACCACCUGCAAUGCAAGAAUCUCAACUAAAGCAUCCAUGAUAGAUGGCCAUCCAGUCUCUCCUUAAAAACCUCCAAGGAAGGAGAGUCCACAACCUCCUGAGGUUCCACUGUCGAACAACUCUUACUGUCAGAAAGUUCUUCCUGAUGUUUAGUUGGGAUUUCCUUUCUUGCAACCUGAAAAAUUAAAUAACAUGGUCUUCAUGGCUAGUCCCCAUUGAUAGCCUUUAUCCUCCAUGGGUUUGUCUGGUCCUCCUUUAAAGCCAUCCAAGUUGACGAGACAGUCAUACCUCGGGUUAAAGACGCUUCGGGUUAAAUCUUUUCAGGAUACGUCCCGUGGUGAUCUGGAAGUAACGGAACGGGUUACUUCUGGGUUUUGCUGCUCGCGCAUACGCAGACGCUCAAAAUGAUGUCACACACAUGCACAGAAGUGGUGAAUCGCGACCUGCAGAUGCGGGUUGUGUUCUGCUCAGGUUGCAAACGGGGCUCCGGAAUGGAUCCCGUUCGCAACCAGAGGUACCACUAUAAGGUAAAGGGACCCCUGACCAUUAGGUUCAGUCGUGACCGACUCUGGGGUUGCGGCGCUCAUCUCGCUUUAUUGGCCAAGGGAGCCGGCAUUUGUCCGCAGACAGCUUCCAGGUCAUGUGGCCAGCAUGACUAAGCCGCUUCUGGCGAACCAGAGCAGCGCACGGAAACACCGUUUACCUUCCCGCCAGAGCGGUACCUAUUUAUUUACUUGCACUUUGACGUGCUUUCGAACUGCUAGGUUGGCAGGAGCAGGGACUAAGCAACGGGAGCUCACCCCGUACCGGGGAUUCAAACUGCCGACCUUCUGAUCGGCAAGUCCUAGGCUCUGUGGUUUAACCCACAGCACCACCUGAGGUACCACUGUACCUGAUGACAAAUUCUGGAGUUUAACCACAUGCUGUGUUCAUUGGGUUCAAAUUCAAGAAGCCCCUUAGUAGCCAAAUUAUUAUAAUGCAGGGUGGGAUGGAGUACACCUUGCCUUUGUUAAUAUGUCCCAUCAGGGAUAAUGCAUGUUUGUAAGCCCAGCCAACAGUGUAUAUUGAUAAGGCGUAGGUUGUGACCCAGCCAUUUGGGAUUCCUGCACUUACUUAUUUUGCGUUUCCCUUGUAGAAACUGGAGAUGGAGGAGAAGGCGAGGAGCGCUCAGAAGAGGCAGCAGAAGGAGCAGGUGGGGCUAACAGGGCAAGUGAACUAGAUCUGAGCUGGUCCGGAGUGGGGAUAGCAGCUGGUUGAGUCCCUUGGCUUGAUCCUGGUUGUCUCUACCCUGGCAGGACGCCUUGUGUGAGCAGCAGCGGCGGCUGGAGGAGCGCAUGGUGGAGCUGCAAGGCAGUCUGCAGGCACAGCGCAAGGAGCUGCAGCACCUGCAGAGGGAGCUGGAGGAAGAAGAGCGCCAGGCCUGCACUUGGCAGGAAGAGGUCCAGAGGUGAGGGUGCUGGUUCCGGCUGCGGGGAAUGGAAUCUGAAAUGUGCCCGAGAUUGCACCUGGGACUUGGAAUAAGGAAUAACGGCCACCCCCGAUUCCAUAUCUGCAGUUGGGGCAGGAUAUGCACAGCUACCCCAUCAUUGAAACUUAAGGUUCUGAUUAUGCGGGGAAAGAUGCAUGCCAGCGUGUGGGCCUUGUCUCUUUUCAGCUGGGCAGCCAGAGGGGUGGCUGUAAAAUUCUGGGGUGUCCUUUGUAGAUGCGUGCAGCUCCCUGUAACUAAUGGUGGUUGAAUCAAACUAUGCAUAAUAAGGGAAUCAUGCCACCAUAUAAGACGCACCAGACCAUAAGACGCACCUAGUUUUUGGAGGAGGAAAACAAGAAAAAAAAAAUACUCUGAAUCCCAGAAGCCAGAACAGCAAGAUGGAUAGCCAUAAGCUGCGCAGCGAUCCCACUUGCUGUCCUGGCUUCUGCCUUAGCCGUGCGCAGCCUCUUCCGGGCAGGGGGAGGAAGGCUCCCCCAAGAGCCCCGCUCCCUUUAAAGAGCGCGCAGAGCGUGUGUGCGGCUCUUGGGGGCUUUUCCCCAAGGAGGGAGAAGGGCAGCCCUUCUUCCUCCUCAGGGAAAAGCCCCCAAGAGCCGCACACAUGUUCCACGUGGCUCUUUAAAGGGAGCGCUGGGCAGAGCCUCCCUCCUGCAUUCACUCCAUAAGAGACACACACAUUUCCCCUUACUUUUUAGGAGGGGAAAAGUGUGUCUUACAGAGCGAAAAAUACGAUAAUUUCUAUAAUCCGCAAGAGACUGCAGGUUACCUGGUGCAGAGUUCAGAUUUUGUCUGUCUGGAGUACUCAUUGCCUUAUUUUAUAGCAUGGGUUAAAAUCUUCAGUGUUAAGGCUGCCUUUAAAAGGUUGGGGUGGGAGGAAGGAGAGAAAUUCAGCCCUUCACUACUCCAGCCACCACCCUGACUGCUCCACCAUGAGUAUUGUUGGAGAUAUGCCUCCAGGUUUCCUCCUUUUUGUUGCCCCGCCCUGGACUUGUUCAUUGUCCGCAGGAUCUCUGACUUCCGGUCCCUUCUGGAGACUUUGCAAGGGGUCAGACUGCUUUCUGAGUCCAAGAGUGACCUGGAGUUUGAGCUGAUAUCCCCAGCCCAGCUGGGGGCUGCCACUCCCCACGCCCUGAAGCUGCGCUUGCACUGGAGGGAUGAUGCCAGUGUCAUGCUGCAGGUGAGUCAGAGCGAGAAUCGGGUUCUGGCCUGGAUCGGAGUUUUCAGACCGCUGACUGGAUCUCCUUCUCCUGCGCAGAGCGACAGCCCCUUCUUCCCUCCCUCUUUGGUGCUUCCCGAAGGCACUUGCGGCAACAUCAGAGCCAUCGUCCUGGAGUUGCAGAAUAGCUACUUCCAGCAAGCACAACUUCUGGCUGAGAUUGAGUUGCUGCACAGCUGGUGAGCUUCCUUGCUUUUGUAUAGCUUUUGUAGAGCCGUUUUGGGCCUCGAGUUCACGGUUGAGUUGAAGUUUUUCUGUCUUUACACAGAGAGGAAGUUGCAGGGGCAAGUGUAGCUCAGCACCAGAGACCUUGCUUUGAUUUAUUUCCUGGUGUCUCCACUUUGGAGCAUGUAGAGACCCAUUGCCAAAUGAAGCAAACCAAAUGAAGUAGGGUUGGAUCACAGGGGCUCCCAGACUGCCUUGGCAAGCCUGCUAGCUCAAAUUGAAUUUUUUGUUUGUUUAGAAAUAUAUGCCCUCAUCUUUUGUCAAGAAUAAAUGCAAAGCAGUUUGUAAAAAAUAUAGAUAAUACAUAUAAAACACAAUAAAAGCAGCUCACUUCACUCAAAUCAAUUUUGCGUGUUGAAUUCAAAAGCAUAACCAAAUAGCUGUCAAUACUAGGACUGAGUUUCUGAAUUUAUGAGGAAGAACUAUUAAGAUGAGAACUAGGAACAGUGAUAAAAAAAAUCCUUCCAGUAGCACCUUAGAGACCAACUAAGUUUGUUAUUGGUAUGAGCUUUCAUGUGCCAGUAACAAACUUAGUUGGUCUUAGUUGGUCUCUAAGGUGCUACUGGAAGGAAUUUUUUAUUUUGUUUCGACUACGGCAGACCAACACAGCUACCUACCUGUAACUAGGAAUAGUGAUGUUUAUCUUUCUGUGUCUUUAUAGAAAAUAUUAUAAUGUGCAGUGAGGAAUUUAUUGUUUUGCAAUCAGAGUUUUAUGCUUUAUUGUUGGCAGUACAUCUUUGGGUAUACUGAACUGUGUAAAAUUUAUAUAUGAUGAUAAUACUGGCUUGUGUCCAAUGUUGGUUCCUACUCAGAGUUGGUCCAUUGAAAGGAAUGGACAUGACUAAUUUCAGCGGCUCUGCUCUGAGUAAAAUUUAAUUGGGUGCAACUGAGGUGUAUUCUGAAAUUGCUUUGAGAUACUCAUACUUCAGAGGAAGCAGUUCAUAAAUAAGUAAAAUUGAAAUACUCAAAAUAGCAGGAUAAUAUAAUUCAAUAUAAAAACAGGGAGAUGUAACUUUUCACCCACACUGCAAGGUUGGCAAAAUAGGAAAGUUUUAAUUGCCUGCCUGAAGCUUGAAAGAGAGAGGGGCUGUCUUAACCUUUUCCAGGAGGGGAGUUAACAGCAUGAGUGCUGCAGAGAGAAAGGUUGGCGUUGCUAAGACUAAAGUGCACAUUGCUCUGUUUCUUGGCCAGCUUCCAGUUUUUUGUGAAUACAUCCCUUCACAGUGAUGUGAAAUCGACACUCCUCUGAUCACUUGAUAGCUUCUUCUUUCUUUGGCAAUCGCUCAUAGCCGAGUAAGAUUGUCUUCCAUGAACACGGUUUUAACAGUGAGUCCGUAAGUGACUGUGGAGGCCAGUUCUGGAUCCACACGUCCUUCCACAGUGGGGACAUAGGUUUCUGGGAGGGAGUUGAUCACGGUGAGGGUUUGCUAAACGUGCCUUCCUCUUAGCAUGUUUCUCCCUUUCGUCCUGAGUUCAAGCAUCUUCAAAGGCCAUGACACCUUUGGUAAAGGCUGUUUUCCAAUUGGAGUGUUCGCAGGCCAGUGUUUCCCAGUUGUUGGUGUUUAUACAGUGGUACCUCGGGUUAAGAACUUAAUUCGUUUCAGAGGUCUGUUCUUAACCUGAAGCAGUUCUUAACCUGAGACGUCCUUUUGCUAAUGGGGCCUCUUGCUGCCGCUGCGCCGCUGGCGCACGAUUUCCGUUCUUAUCCUGGGGCAAAGUUCUUAACCUGGAGCAACCACUUCCUGGUUAGCGGAGUUUGUAACCCGAAGCAUCUGUAACCGAAGUACCACUGUACUACAGUUUUUAAGAUUUGCCUUGAGAGAGUCUUUAAAUCUCUUUUAUUGACCACCAGCAUUACGCUUUCCAUUUUUAAGUUCUGAAUAGAGUAGUUGCUUUGGAAGACAAUCAUCAGGCAUCUGCACAACAUGACCAGUCCAAUGAAGUUGAUGUUGAAGAGUCAUUGCUUCGACACUGGUGAUCUUUGCUUCUUCCAGUACACUGGUAUUAGUUCGCCUGCACUGAUGCAGCUGUUAAGAGAUACAGUGGUGCCCCGCAAGACGAAUGCCUCGCAAGACGAAAAACCCGCUAGACGAAAGGGUUUUCCGUUUUUCGAUGCGCUUCGCAGGACGAAUUUCCCUAUGGGCUUGCUUCGCAAGACGAAAAUGUCUUGCGAGUCUUGAGAUUUUUUUCGCCCCCCCCCCCCUUUUCUAAGCCGCUAAUAGCCGCUAAGCCGCUAAGCCUUUAAUAGCCGCUAAACCGCUAAUAGCGCUAAUCUGCUAAGCCGCUAAUAGGGUUGCUUCGCAAGACGAAAAAACCGCUAGACGAAGAGACUCGCGGAACGGAUUAAUUUCGUCUAGCGAGGCACCACUGUAUCUGUUUUGAUGUGUCUUCAGACCCCAAUUGGGAUCUUAUCUUUGAAACUCAGAUGGUCUUCUUAACCAAGCCACACACUCACCUUUUCACUGCUCCUCUGGCUGGUUCUAAAGACAGCUGAGAACGCUUGGAGCACUGAGAGUGUGUGUUUCAAGUCAUUUGGAUGAAAGCAAGGCUGGAAAAGAAUGGAACAAAGGCUGUGAGAUGCCCUCCACUGCCCAAAACAUCCGUGAACCUAGAAGAUUCUGUUCCCUUUUAAUCCCUUUUCAUACUUAUUUAGGCACUGUACAGAAUAGAGUCAUGCCAAGGUAUCUGUCCAGUGGGCUCUUAGUAGGGAUUGGCAGCUGGCAGCCUUGGGGCUGGGGCCAACCCCUGGCAUAAAUGAGACCUGGCUCUCUUGUGCUUGCUAGUCGUCACUUAGGCAUCGACCUGCCCUGUUCUUGGAGAACUGCCUGACCUCUAUGUGCAGUGGGGAUUGCUGUGUUCAAGGGAAUGCCCUGCCAUUUUGGAGGGAGGUUGUGUUUCCUUCCCCAUUGACUGUCUCCAUGCCAGCCAUUGCUGAUGCCUUAACCCUCCCUCUGCUCUUCCCUCUGCAGUUUUGCUAUUGAUUGGCAGCAAGAGAAAAGGAUUCUGAGUUACCUGAAGCCCAGCUCCACUUGUAACCUCUAUGUGGAGCCAGGAUACCCAGCCAGCGGUGGCAUCUCCCUCUGCUCAGUGAAGGUUCAGCAUGGCACAGUUGACGCAACUUCCUAUAAGGUUAGCACUGGGUGGGAGGUGAUCUUGAAUGGGGGUAAAUGAAACAGCAAGAAUUAAGACUCUGGGGAGAGGAGGCUGUUAAAAUCUUUGAUCCUCUUGUGCCCAGCUGUCCCACUUUUCUCUGUUCUCCUGCCUUCUGGCUAGAGAUCUAUUUGGGGUAGAAAAAUGGGCACCAAACAUUGUGGAUGUGCAUGGAAGUGCAGCUGUAAAGAGGGGUCAGUGCUUCUGCCCAUGCUCAUUCUUGACCCUUUGCUUCCAGCCCUAUUAAGCAUAGCUGCACUUGCUCCCUAGGUUGUUGGCAUGCGAAUAGAAAUGAGGGUGGGAUUUGUAAAAUAGCUGCUGAUGGCCCAAAGGAAUGGAGUACUCCUAUGCAAUUCCUAGGGGAAUCGUGAUUUUUUGGGGGAGAGGGGCCUCUUUCUGGGUGAAAGGCUAAAGGUCCCUCAUCUGUAGGCUUUUGCUUUCUUCCUUCUCUGUUUUCUGGCUGUAACCCUCCAUCUCAUGUUAAAAGUGACUCAAAAGGACACUGCGGUGGGGUCACAGAGGCAUGAGAUGCUUUUAUGGAAGAUAUCUGAGGGGCCGUGCCCUUCUCUUUGUUUUAAGCAGUGGCAUAAAACUCUCAGUAGCCUGCCGUGCACCAGUUAGACUAGAUGCUCAGAUUCUUGGGCGUCCAUUUCCUUGGAGCUCCUUGUGGUUUCCUGAGGCAGUGUGGUGUAGUGGUUAAGAGCGGUGGACUCGUAAUCUGGUGAACCGGGUUCGCUUCCCUGCUCCUCCACCUGCAGCUGCUGGGUGACCUUGGGCCAGUCACACUUCUCUGAAGUCUCUCAGCCCCACUCACCUCACAGAGUGUUUGUUGUGGGGGAGGAAGGGAAAGGAGAUUGUGAGCCGCUUUAAGACUCCUUAGGGUAGUGAUAAAGCAAGAUAUCAAAUCCAAACUCUUCUUCUUCAAGUUCUUCAACAGAUCCUUCAAGUUGUCCUUCAAGCACAAGUCCUAUAGCCACCACCACUACUACUUCUUCUUCUUCUUCUUCUUCUUCUUCUUCUUCUUCUUCCUCCUCCUCCUCCUCCUCCUCCUCCUCCUCCUCCUCCUCUUGAGUCCUUGCCAUGAUGCACUAAUCUUCUUUCUUUCUGGCAGCCCCCUCAGGAGAGACCUUCACUGCGGGACUGGCUGGAAUAUCUCAGUGCCGUGGACUUCAACGCUCCUUUCCUUGCCUGAACAGCUGCUGCUCCCUCUGCCCACGCAGGGUGAAGAAGGUUUGGGACUAGAACCUUGCUAAGGAGCUGCUCUCCUUGCCUCUAUCCUGGGGAAGGAGAAGAGGCUUAACCAGGGACAGCUGCAUUCUCCUUUCUUGUGAUGGCCCAUUUCAGUUCCUCCCGCCUCAACCCCUGGUCAGUUUUGAUAGCUUUGUCUUGAGCGGAUCUUCCUCUUGUACAUUUCAAGCCCCCUCUCAUCCUUAUAUGUGUUUGUGUCUGACUUUACUUCUAAACAUUCUGAAACUUUGCUGUUUUCUGUUCAAUAAAACCCAGCAUCAAAUUAAAAA